UUUCUAUUUUAUAGUGAUGCCUUGGAACAGCAUGUUACGGUCAUUCUUAAACCACAACAUGACAAUCUGGCAUUAAUAGAACCAACGCAGUUUGAUUUUAAUGCUGAUGGUGCACAAAAUCAAAGUAUUGUUGUUACUGGUUUGAAACCGGGACAUUUAGAAGUUACGGCCGAUAGUCAACCCGAUGAAGAAUGGAUCGUUAAAGAUGUAUUUCUACGCAUUACAGUGGCCAAUUCCGAAGCCAUUAUUUAUACUUCAUUGAUCUUCGGCUGGAUAUAUUUUGUGGCUUGGUCUGUGUCAUUUUAUCCGCAAAUAUGGGUCAAUUAUCGUCGCAAAUCAGUGGUGGGCUUAAAUUUUGAUUUUGUUUUCUUAAAUUUAUUGGGUUUUACUCUGUAUUCAAUAUUCAAUUGUGGCCUUUAUUGGAUACCAGAAAUACAAGCCGAAUAUACCAAUCGUUAUCCUCGUGGCCUCAACCCGGUUAUGUUGAAUGAUGUGGUAUUCUCUUUACAUGCCAUGUUUGCUACCAUUAUAACUAUUUAUCAAUGUUAUGCUUAUGAACGUGGAGAACAAAGUAUUUCGAAAACAGCUACUGCCCUUCUAUCAUUAUUUAUUUUAUUUGUAAUUAUAUGUUGUGGUUUAGCGGCUGGUAAUGUUAUACAUUGGUUGGACUUUUUAUACUAUUGUAGUUAUGUGAAAUUAACUAUAACAAUUAUAAAAUAUGUACCACAGGCUUUAAUGAAUUAUCGUCGUAAAAGUACCAUUGGCUGGAGUAUUGGUAAUAUUUUAUUAGAUUUUACUGGAGGCACCUUAAGUAUGCUGCAAAUGAUACUUA